CUAGAUCGGGUCUCUCAACUUUCAGUCUUCAGCUUCGUCUUCCACUUUCUCUUCUCCCCCCUCCUCCGCCAUCUCCCCUCUCUAUCAAUUGUCUCCGUCCUUUUCAAUCAUUUGUUCGGACGGAAUGUCGGUCUCUCUCGCCCCUCGCAGAGCACUCUUCGCUCGUCCUCCGCCAUACACCGUCGCUCCGCUCGUCUCUCUGUUCCGGCAUCGUGAGCUGGCCACCUCGCGCCGCUACGCAUCCCAUUCCUCUUCUACCAAAUCCCACUCCCGCCCUUCCUCGUCUGCCCAGCCUGCUACCUCCGCCGCCCCUUCAACCUCCUCUACCGCUACUACCUCCCUCGCCGACGACGUCAACCCGCCCCCGAGCACUCGCCCGGCCGAUUUGAAUCUCCCCGAUGCCAUUGCAUCCUCUGCCUCGGCCGCCGAGAAGCUCAAGCGCUAUGUGGCGAUGGGUCGCGCCUAUCUCUCCUUCUACAAGACCGGCCUAAAGAACGUCUACCACAAUUACCGCGCUUCCAUCCCCCUCCGCUCCUCGCUCGGUCUCGCGCCCUACCUGCCCAUCUCUCCGCCGCCACCGGCCAAGGGUGGCAAGGCGGCCGCCUUCCGCGACGCCGUGCACGCCCUCCACCUCAGCCGGUCCAAUUUCCAGCUCAUCCGCCGCGCCGCCUACGAUAUCCGUCGCAUGAUCCCCUUCACCCUGAUGCUGAUCGUCUGCGGCGAGUUCACCCCGCUGAUCGUCCUGGCCCUCGGGAGCGCCGUCACCCCGUUUACGUGCCGGGUGCCGCGACAAUUGGAGAAGGAUCGCACGCAGAGCAUCGCCCGCAAGCGCGCGGCGCUGACGGCGCACGAGGUCGCCCGCUCCGGGUCCAUGAGCCCGGUCGCCGCGGGCUCCGAGCCGGAGCUGGAUCUGCUGGCCCGCGCGUACACGCGACCCGCCUGGAUCGAGUCGGCUUCGGCCGAGGAGAUCCUGCGUGCCUGCGCCACCUUGGGCCUGGUCAAGAGCCACACGCGGUCGACCGCCUUGGUGUCGCUGCUGUAUCGGGCGCGGCUGCAGCGCUACGCCGAGUACCUGGAUCUCGACGAUCGGUUGAUCCGGCGCUGUGGCGGCGUGACGGCGAUGGAGGCUGCCGAGGUCCGCAUUGCGGUCGAUGAACGGGGCGGAGUCGGCCUGGCCGAGGGGAGCGAGGGAUGGGACGUCGAGAGGGAGGAGAGACGCUGGUUGGAGAGAUGGUUGGAGAGAAGAGAGCACUAGACUUCACUUAUAGACUUGUACAUUAUAUCCCGGGUUUUCUAGACACCUCAAAAUACUUGAAUGCUUUCUCUUUCU